AUGACGACCGGCUCCAGUCUCCGCGCUGGGGUCUCCCUCCGAAGCGAUUUUACCAAUGACACAACAACCCCCGAAUCCUCACAGGCACCCAACAAAGCACCAGCGACAGGUGUGCAGGCCGCUGGUAUGCGAGCCGUAGCAGCGCGAAUGGUCGCCUUUUACUUUCGAGCCCCAGUAAAGGCCUUUUUCCGGGGCAGAAUAGAUUACAUGAGCUAUGCAAGAGCUAUCAAUCCUCAUGUUAUGGCGGAUGCGAAGUGGUCAUGGAGAAUGACUACGCCUGCGGUACUGGCACAUGCUAUACGGACUGAGGGAUGGGGUUUCAUACCGAAGCAGGUGUUGCCUCCUUUAAUGGCUAACACAUGCAUCGGUGCAGUGUUGUAUACGGCAUAUCUCCACAGUCUCUCCGCGCUUCAUGAGCCCUCUUCAUACCAGACCAAACGCGUCUACCCUCCGCCACCUCCCUCUGUGACCUUCACUGCUGGCUUCAUCGGGGGAAGCAUACAGUCUGUCAUCGCCGCCCCCUUCGACGCACUACAAACCCGUUUCCGCACCGCCGACAUCCUCGAAGGCCGUCAUAAAACCAUGUGGCACUACGCCGGUUACAAACUCCGCUCUAUCGGCGUCCAAGGAAUCUUCGCAGGCUGGUCUCUGAGUUUCAUGAAAGACGCGUUCGGCGCCGCAGUCUUCUUCGGCACCUUCGAGACGGUCAAGAGCCAAGCUUACCUCGAAUUUGUCACACGAUACUACGGUAGUCGGACGCGCGAUACCUUGCUGGAAAAGUCCAUACCCUAUCUUCAAGAGGAUCACGACGAUCGUCCCGUCAUCCGACCCCAUUACAUGCUCGAACCCAUGUUCCUCCUCCUAGCAGGCGUCUCCGCAUCCAUCACCUCUCAACUCAUCCAACACCCCCUCACCGAGAUCCAAGACGUACAUUACCGCCGACUAGAAGCCCUCGACUUCCAAGCCCAUCAAGACAAUAAGCCUUCGCAUAUCGUACGACGAUACUACCACGCCUACGAAGAAACCUUCGCACAGUGCAAGAUACUAGCGAAACGUGCUGGGGGCUGGAGAAAAUAUCUCUACAGAGAUUUCUUCAUGAGUACAAUCAAGCAGGUUCCUAGUACGGCUGCUGGUCUCAUCGUUUUCGAAAUCGUGCGGAGGAAGUACUCCUUCGAGAAUGAGGAGGUCAUGAUCAAUCAUGAAGACGCUAGAAUACUGUUGACGUGA